CAUGUGUCUGUCCACACGUCUGUGAGAUCAGAGACGGGAGGAACCGAGGGAGGAGAGACGGAGAAAGACCGUGAGAGAGAGAGAGAGAGAGAGAGAGAGAGAGAGAGAGAGGAAUAAGUUGAGACAUAAGCAGGCUCAAGGAACCAGAGGAAGACAUUCAUGAUCUAGGAAGAAGGUUGGGAACUGAUGAUCAUUUAAGACAAACCAUGUGAGUUCUUCUUCUUCCCCAGGGGCGGAGCAGAGGCCGAUGGCAGUGACACAAUAAGAAAAGAGAUGGCUGGGAAAUGCUUUCCACUCAGUCAUGUAUUUGUGAACCUGAUUGCCUUCACACGCAGGAGCUGUGCAAGGAUUUGUCUGAUGGGAAAGUGAACUGACUGCAGCUGAGGAAGUUUGGAGACAAGUGGAUGAACCGGUGUCGACAGUUUCCACUGAGAUACAAACAGCAGCACUGCUUCAGUGAACCCAGCGCCUGAAGAGGAGGCCGACAUGAUCUCCACAGCUCUCCGCUGGCUGGUCCUGGUGUCUUUUAUCAUUCUGACCAUUGGUGGGAACGUGCUGGUGUGUCUGGCUGUGGGGCUCAGCCGUCGACUGUGGCGCAUCGCUAAUUGCUUUGUGGUGUCGCUGGCAGUGACAGAUCUCCUGCUCGGUCUGCUGGUGCUGCCCUUGUCUGCCACCGUGGAGCUGCGCAGCGGGAAAUGGCCCCUCGGAGGAGCCCUGUGUAACAUCUACAUCUCGCUGGAUGUCAUGCUGUGUACAUCCUCCAUCCUGACCCUGCUGGCAAUCAGCGUGGACCGAUACCUGGCCAUUUCAGCUCCCCUCAGCUACUCCCGGAGAGUUACCCCUCUGAGGGUGACACUGGCCAUGAUCACCAUCUGGGCCUUGUCACUGGCUCUGUCCUUUGUACCCAUCCACCUGGGCUGGAACACAGACGACUACAGCGUGCAGCACUUGGACUGGGGCAUGGAGGAUGAGGACAAAGAGGGACGCUACUGUCAGUUUGAAUGGAAUAACAACUAUGUUCUUAUUUAUGCCUUUGGCUCAUUCUACCUGCCUCUGCUGCUCAUGUGUGGGAUGUAUCUUUGCAUAUUCAGAGUGGCACGAGAACAGGUGCGGCGUAUUCGUGCUGCCACGCCAUCAUUUGCACGAAUAGCAUCAACCGCAGCCAUAGCCCGAGAGCACAAAGCCACGGUGACCCUGGCGGCCGUACUGGGGGCCUUCGUCGUCUGCUGGUUCCCGUACUUCACCUUCCUUACCUGCAUGGGAAUAAGGGAAAAGACGAACCCUCCUAACACACUUCACUCUGUGGUUCUGUGGCUGGGCUACUUUAAUUCAGCUCUGAACCCCAUCCUGUAUCCAGCCUUCAACAGGGAUUUCCGCAGGGCCUACGGAGAGCUGCUUCACUGUACGGGAUCCUCUCGCAGAAAACUGCUGUUUACUCGUGUGUCUGUUCAUAAAAGAUGGACCUUCACUAACGGACAAAGGGCUUCGCAGCACUCAGAGAAGCAAAUAGAGACUGUGAAGAAAGAAACUGAGGGAAAGAGCCUCAGUCUGCUCGAGAGAAAUGGCGUCCCUGACGAGCCCAGGUGAAACGCUGUGGAUGUGCUGGACUGCAGACUCGCAGCAAAGCGUUGCUCCACCACUCACACAUUAGCUAACCAUUCACAGUAUCAGUUAGACGUUGAGUGUAUAGUGCCAAAGAUUACACAUUUAUGUGAAACUCCAGGCACAUCAGGAACAUUCAAUACAUUUUGUCAGUGUGUUGGUCCAUGUGCUUAAAAACAAUAGGUGCCCAUUAUAUUUCUGAUUGUUUUAUACCACGGAUGAAACUCACAGUUCUGAAGUGUCUGUUUAUUACAAAGUGUAGAAAAGCAGACAACAAUGAAAACCAAAGCAAAGAGAGCAGAGCAGAGCAGUGAAUGGAUGACUCAGUAAGUUUCCCAGCAUGCUGCAGGGAGACGCCGGUGGUUAAAAGUUUGCAAAUUGUUUAUUUUCUCUCCCUCAGCUCCUCCAGUGAAAGUGAAUCAGUGUCCAGCAAUUUGAACUGAUGUGUGCAAUAUUUCUAUGUUUGACUCGACCCGAACGAGACGGCCGGAGCGGUUUCCUGGACGUCUCAACAGAUUAACUACAACUAGAGAAAACAUCUGUUUUAAAAAGUGGGUGUUUAUUAUUCACACACUCAACAUUCAACAUGGUGCAACCCUCCAUGUGAAGCUGCUCCUGACGAGGUUCAGUAUGUAAGACUUUAUUAUAACGUGCACGCUCUGCAUCAUAUCAAGUGAAUAAAGCCAAAUCUCUGUCCAUGACACCCUCACGACAACGUCAUCAUGUUGACGUGUUACCAGGAUCAUUGUCACGUAUUCACAUCAGCAGCUUCAAACUUCAACCUGCUGACACACAGUAAGGAGAAAAGACGAGAGUAUGAAUGUCUAGCAGUUCACUGGUAACACAAACAUGAUACCUGUGCACACACAGAUACAUACACACGAGACAUAUGCAUUAAAAUAAAAUGUAGAUAAACCAAUUUAAAAAGGGUUAAAUAUAAUUUAAAGCUACAGGAGUGAAAACGUGAUCGGAGAGGUGAGAAAGAUGUCAGGAACCUCAGCAGGUAAAAUUAAUGCUUUCAAUUCAUUUUGCAAAUGAGUUUAUAAAUUCAGUCAUUUCAUGAAGCAGAAUAAUUAAAUCUUUUAUUUAUUUAAUAAGUGUAUUUAUUAUAGUUUUUUGUCACAUACUUGUACUUUUUAGUCAUUAAAUCUUUUGUAUCCAGUUAUAAUUCAAUAAAAUAUAAUUAAUCAAUAAAUGAUUUGAUACAGACAUUUUAUAUGAUAGUUAAUUUUUUAUUUAAUUUCUGUUGACAUUCAGCAUCAAUCAAAUAUUUCCAUGAAAUAUAUUUCAGAUUUCAAACUGAAAAGAAGCAUGAACGGGUGAGGAAUGAUAUUUUCUCUAUAACAAAUUAUUCAUUUGUGAAAAUAAAAUCAGGCCAACAGGGUGUUACAUGGUUAAUCCAUUUUCCCCAGUGUGCUGUAAGUUCUAAUUUAUGAAGCUGUUAUCGUUUCCAUUUUAUAAAUGUCCAUCGUAAUUUCCAUCCACGCAUUUAAAGUUGGGCUCUCCUGUGACUUCUCCAUUACCUGCCAAUCAGCAGUUUAUUCAUUAAAUAAUAAAUUCAUCUCUUUUCAACCAGUCUUCAUGUAUUUAUCUCAAAUAUAUAGUCUUCAUUUCUGGGGGCAUUUCACAUUUACAUUAUCCCGCUCCAAAGGUCUCUGAUGACAGGCAUGGUCAGAAAAUAUGGUGGUGGUUUGCAUUUUGAUUUCCACAGUGUCUCCAUCAGACAGGAAGGUUAUUAUCAUAAUGUAAUAAAAUACCUUAUCAGCUUUUUCCAACCAAACUCCCUCCACUUCUGUGAGCUGGUACACCUCCACUGACGCCUCUGUAUUGUUGUCCAUCUUUCCUCAGAUAUAAUCAUCCCCCCGUCCCAGUUUGAUUUAAUGUAUGAAGUUGGAUGUGUUUUCAGAUUUCACUUUGUAUAUGAUGAAAUUAUUCUCCUACCAGUAUCUGCGCGGUUACAAGACCCACUCUUAAAAUAGCACUGAAGCAAUGUCAGUGACAGGACCGGGCGAGCUGAGUGUGGUUCUAAUUAAAGUUUCAUGUGAACCUCGGUGCUGUUGAUGGUCGAUGAAGUAGGUUGAGUUGAUGGCUUGUCUCAAUAGAGGAGAGGAUGCUGCUGAGGAGGAGACGUCAUUAUCACUGAUACAGAGUCUGAACCUGGAGGCGAUGGAGCCAGCAGCAGCACAGUGACAUACUUCAUCAGUAGAUAACACGAGAUGCAGCUGAGUCCUCUGAAAGGUGGAGGAUGAAUCUGUAAUGCUGCUCCUGGCCACGUUCAGGUGGUGCACCUGCAGCCACGUGGAGGUGAAACACCCGCCUCUAUAAAACUGAUGGAGUCCAGCAUCAGUCCUAACUGUUACUGUUCUUCACAUCUUUUCUGUGUGUUUGCACGUGUAACGGUGAUUUACAGAAGAGUGUUUUUCCAAAAUAAAAUGAGAGUUCACAA